AUGCAGCCAUUGGCUCUUAGCUUUGGUGUUACCUCCUGCCGUGGAAUGUUCGAGUCGUUGUUGGGCCAAGGAUCUGGGAAUGUGAAGGCCUAUUUAAGAAGAGGCACAGCACGGGAGAUGCUUGGCUACUAUAAAGAGGCAACUGAAGAUUUCAGAUAUGCACUUGUUCUUGAGCCGACCAAUAAAAGAGCAGCUCAAUCUGCGGACAAGCUAAAGAGGUUGUUUCAGUAGGUGAUUGAAGUGUAAGCGGGCUCCAGGGAGACUACAUGUUUGUAAAAGCACUUCUCAGUAAACCAGUUGCAGUUCCUCUACCAGGUGGGGAAGUGAUGGAACCAAAGUGAAUGGCAUGCAUUUUGAGAGUCUCAAAUAAUGCAAUUCUUCUGUGGGGGCGUUCCAAAGAGUCUUGAGUAAUUGUUACUCAAUCUGGUCACUAUUUUAAUAUCUCAAUUUAUUUUAUCGCCAGAGAAUAGUAGUGUAUUCCAGUUUUCUUUCUUACAUAUUUCAUAUUUUGUAUUGUAACACUAGCAUUGUGUUUAGGUUUCAUACUUGUUAUUAAGACCUCACUUUUUGGAAUAAAAUUACACACACAACGCACUUGAUAUUACCUCUUUCUGAGCAGCUGGAAAAGAAUACAGGAGGAAUGUAGGGAUGUAAGCCAUUUGUAUUCUGGGUUCUUUUUUAUAUCA